GCUGCCCCCAACUACUUCCGUACAAGAUGGCGUCGUCCAUUUGUACACCCCGACUGGGGUUGUCCCUUCAGCCCGUCACAGGACCGGAAGUGGUUUCGGUCCUAGUGGAUCCGGGUGGGUGCGCGCAGGUGGCCACAGAGGUUCCAGUUCUUCAACGUGAGGCGCCGCAGGUGUUCCGGUGGGGUCCAGGGCCGCAGAUUGUGGGAUUACUGAUAUGCUUUCCUAAACAACAGAAAAGUUGAAGAUGUCUAAACACUUAGUGGCUUUGACAGUGACCACCCUUCUUGGUAUGGCUGUUGGGGCGUUUGUCCUGUGGAAAGGCAUCCAGCGCCGGAGGAGUAAAGCAAGUCGCGUGACCCAGCAGCAGCUGUCACAGCAGCAGCCGAAAGUUCCAGGCAGGAGAGAGCGGCCUGCUCCAGCAGAGGACCAGCCGCACUCCAGUGCCCCCAGAGCCUCGUGGGAAGAGAGGAUCCUUGGAGCAAAGGUGGCGACUGUGUCUCAGGAGGCGGAGUGGGAUCAGAUUGAGCCCUUGCUUAGGAGUGAGUUAGAAGAUUUUCCAGUGCUUGGAAUCGACUGUGAGUGGGUGAAUUCGGAAGGCAAAGCCAGUCCUCUGUCACUCCUUCAAAUGGCCUCUCCAAGUGGCUUCUGUGUCUUGGUUCGCUUGCCCAAGCUGAUCUGUGGAGGAAGGACGCUACCAAAAACGUUACUGGACCUUUUGGCAGAUGGCACAAUUUUAAAAGUUGGAGUAGGAUGUUCAGAAGAUGCCAGCAAGCUUCUGCAAGAUUAUGGCCUCAUCGUUAAGGGGUGCCUGGACCUCAGAUACCUAGCCAUGAGGCAGAGAAACAAUUUGCUCUCUAAUGGGCUUAGCCUGAAAUCACUCGCUGAGACUGUUUUGAACUUUCCCCUUGACAAGUCCCUCCUGCUUCGUUGCAGCAACUGGGAUGCUGAGAAUCUUACUGAGGAUCAGGUAAUUUAUGCUGCCAGGGAUGCCCAGAUUUCAGUGGCUCUCUUUCUCCAUCUUCUUGGAUACCCUUUCUCUAGGAAUUCAACUCUAGAAGAAAAUGAUGACUUCAUUGGCUGGAGAAAAGUCUUGGAGAAAUGUCAGGAUGUGGUAGAUAUCCCAUUCCGAAGCAAAGGAAUUAGCAGAUUGGGAGAGGAGGUUAAUGGGGAAGCAACAGAAUCUCAGCAGAAGCCAAGAAAUAAGAAGUCGAAGACCGAUGGAAUGAUGCCAGGCAACCACCAAGGGAGAGACCCCAGAAAACAUAAAAGAAAGCCCCUUGGAGUGGGCUAUUCUGCCAGAAAAUCACCCCUCUAUGAUAACUGCUUUCUCCACGCUCCUGAUGGACAGCCCCUCUGCACUUGUGAUCGAAGAAAAGCUCAGUGGUACCUGGACAAAGGCAUUGGAGAGCUGGUGAGUGAAGAGCCUUUUGUGGUCAAGCUACAGUUUGAACCUGCGGGGAGACCUGAAUCCCCGGGAGACUACUAUUUGAUGAUUAAAGAAAACCUGUGUGUAGUGUGUGGCAAGAAAGACUCAUACAUUCGGAAGAACGUGAUUCCGCAUGAGUACCGGAAGCACUUUCCCAUCGAGCUGAAGGACCACAACUCCCACGAUGUGCUGCUGCUCUGCACCUCCUGCCACGCCAUCUCCAACUACUAUGACAACCACUUGAAGCAGCAGCUGGCCAGGGAGUUCCAGGCCCCCACUGGCUCCGAGGAGGGCUUGCGCCUGCUGGAAGAUCCCGAGCGCCGGCAGGUGCGUUCUGGGGCCAGGGCCCUGCUCAACGCAGAGGGCCUGCCUGCGCGCCGAAAGGAGGAGCUGCUGCAGGCGCUCAGAGAGUUUUAUCACACAGACACGGUCACGGAGGAGAUGCUUCAGGAGGCUGCCAGCCUGGAGACCAGGAUCUCCAAUGAAAACUACAUUCCUCACGGGCUGAAGGUGGUUCAGCGCCACACCCAGGGCGGGCUGCGCUCCCUCAUGCAGCUGGAGAGCCGCUGGCGGCAGCACUUCCUGGACUCCAUGCAGCCCAAGCACCUGCCCCAGCAGUGGUCAGUGGACCACAACCACCAGAAGCUGCUCCGGAAAUAUGGGGAGGACCUUCCCAUCAAGCUGUCGUGGUAGCUGCUUCCCUUCCACGUUGGGACAGCUGGGAAGCUGGAGCCAGGGGUGAAAAUUCACCUCUUCCUGUUUUAAUGUCAUUGUCAAAGCCUGAUGACACAACUCACAAUACUAACCUGUACUGAUCCCAGGAUGCUUCUGGUGGAGCAAGGCUGUUGUUUUCAGCAGGAGCUUAUGGUCUUGAAUUUUAGUUGGGCAGGGUGAGAGUUCUUUACUCCACCCUCUUAUUUUAUUUUUCUGGACAAAUGGGAGCCUUGGCCUUCAUUUUACUCUCCCUCUUCUGCUUUCCCUGUACAGGUGACAAAUGAAGGAUUCUCCCUGAAGUGUCUUGUCAAGACACUCAGGUUUUUAAUGCUUUUCCUCCCUGUCCAGCGUGUUGGUUCAUCUCAAACAGGAACUGUCAAGUAUUUCAAGCCCAUCAGGUUAGGAGGGGCAAAAACAUUCUUCUAGAGGUUGGAGAGGCGAAAAGGGGUCGGAUUCUAUAUUCCCAGUUCAACCUCAUAAUUAGAAAUUCUUUGGCUUAAUGCUCUGCGGUAACUCACCUGGUUGGGAUCCAGCCCAUCUGGGUUGCUUCGGUUUAUUUCACAUGCUUGAAAAUGCUCCCGUUUACACAUUCAGGACCAAAGCAGCAACUUCCUGCCAUAUGUUUUCACCCUAACGCUGGAGGGAAUUCUUUUCUGGAAAGAGGCCUUCAGCCUGGGUGGGGCACAGAGAAGCACAAGAACCAUCUCCUAAGAGAACUUGGGUAAUUUGCUCAGCUCUCCCUUCCCUGUCUCUUGCAAGCCUUCUGCCCAGAACGGCAAGGUUUUUAGCUAAUCCCUUUCUGAGAGGAAGGUUAUCUUUUCUCAGAAUCAGUAUCUGGUCCCUUCAGUGUUCCAUCAAGUUUACAAUACUGACCUCUUUUAAGCUCUUAAUUCUCUCCCAGAGUCAUUUGGUUAGGUUGAGAGGAUUUCUCCAUCUCCCUUCUUGCCUGGGACGCCAAGACUAAUUAAUACGUUUCGAUGUUCAAAACGGUGGUGUUUCAUCUUUCCAAACGUGAGGCCACCCCUUGGAGCACGGAAUCAACUUACUAGUGGUUAGUAUUUUUAUAAAGUAUUAGGAAAACUUUCUUACCUUACAAGAUCUUAACAAGCUUAAAAAAGAGCUUUAUGGCCAGAAUUCAACAAGAGCUCUGUUGUUUCGGAAUUGUGCCCGAGUUGGUGAUGGUUGCUCUAACACUAAUAAAACAAUUUUUUUUUUUUUUUUUUUUUUUUUUUGCGGUACGCGGUCCUCUCACUGCUGUGGCCUCUCCCGUUGCGGAGCACAGGCUCCGGACACGCAGGCCCAGUGGCCAUCGCUCACGGGCCCAGCCGCUCUGCGGUAUGCAGGAUCCUCCCGGACCGCGGCACGAGCCCGCGUCCCCUCCAUCGGCAGGCGGACGCUCAACCACUGCGCCACCAGGGAAGCCCAAUAAAACGACUUCUAAACACAAAGUUCAUUGAUUGUAAAUGUAAAACCUUUUUCUUCAUAAUUUUAUAAAAUCGGCAAAUACUCUUGGGGAAGGAGAUCUUUAUGCUAUAGGUCCCUGCCGUGUGGCAGCCCAUGAUAUGUGUGCAGGUGUCGUCGUGUGCCUCCGCCAACAGCUUUGGCCUGUCGACAGCAGCCCACAACACAUGCACACCCUGCCGUUUGUUCCUCUGCCCUUUCAUCCCCACUCAUCCUCGUAUAGGUGUCUCUGGGAUCUAAACUAGCAAGUCUUGAAGACAAAUAGUACCAGCUGCUUUGGGGACCGUUUGUUCAACGCACUAGGUUAUUAUGGGGCAGGUUCCUCAGGCGUUGUUACAGCCCACAGCCCGGGGCGGAGAACCGUGGAGAUGGAUAAGUGGUUGUCGUAGUCAGGCUUGCCACAAGAGGGCGUCGUAGAUCUUGCUUUAUAUUCAUUCUUGAGAAAUAAGGGGCUUUGAUAACACGGUUCCUAAACAUAACCCAUGACUUAUGUUUCAGAUUGUGUCUAUCUCACUUUGAGUCAUUUUGACAGCUUUACAAGAAAAACGUCUUCCUCCGAAACAAGAGCGUGUAGGGCUCUUCCUUUCUCUUUCCCUGUGAUCCUCAUACUGAUAGGUGAGAACCACAUUAAGAGGUCGCUUAAGGCGCUGUGGUUGCUGCGGAAGGAGGAAUGGUUUCUCCAGUAGAGCUCCCUGCAAAGCUUAGUAAUGUAGAGCCAGCAGCCACGGUAGAGGAAAUAUAUAGACUGUGGCACCCUCAAUUUCUUAUCCUUUUCAGAACAGUUACUGUGUAGGUUUGAAUCUUUUUGUUUUCUGAGUCAGCCUUGGACGCCUUUCUCUAAGACUGACGAUUGCUAUCUCUAGUGAGUUAUUUUAGGGUGGGCAUAUUUUAACAUAAAAUUUUUUUCUGAUACAAAAGUAAUGUGUAUGCUUGUUAGAGACGAAUCUAAAGAAAGAAUGAAAAUCCAUCUUCCCUCCAUGUAGCACCUAGCUAAUCUCUGCCGGUAUGUUUAUGAAUUUCCUUUCAGUAUUGAAAAAUGCAUAUAACAUGUAAGGUGUUUAAACAAACUUGAGAGUCAUAUAUACAGGUUGGUAUACAAUUUUCUUCCCUCAUUUAACAUGGUAUCACAAGUAAUUUCUUGUGUCUUUAAAUCUUGGAAAGUAGAUUUGCAGUAACUCUACCUUACUUUAUUAUCCAUUCCCACACUGUUAAAUUUUGGUUGUUUCAGAUCCUUUGUUAAAAUCAAUGAUGUUGUGAUGAACUUUUUGGUGUAUAAAUUUUUGACUAUGUCUUUGCUAGCUUUUUUAGGUUAGAACCCUAGAAAUUGGGUUGCGAGGAGGGGGACUCACAUUGCUGGAGUGAGUACAAAUUGAUAUCACCUUUUAGGAAUUUCUGUGAAGGGAAUGCUUCCCUUUGACCCUUUAACUCAUGUCCCAGUGCAUUUGCUGAGCUCCCUCCCCUGUGAGUAGAGGUGAGCGGACAGUGUCACAGCAAAGGCCUCUGUGAAUGUGCCUGAUCGUUAUGAUUGCAGGCUCAAAGAGUCUUUUCUCUGCUUCCCUUCUGUCUGCCAUCCUUUAUUGCCUCAUUCCCCCUUGCAGCAGUGUUUUUUGGAAAUACUGUUUGUUUUAAAAUAAAAAUGUAAAAAAAAUUAAUUAAAAAUAAAAAAAUUAUUUUAAAAUAAAAGCUAUAGACUUUUUUUUUCCUGAUUGACAAGCAAUUGGUGAUUUGUCAUCCUUAAGUGAACAAGGCACAAUAUUCAGGGAUUUGUUGCCUCUUAAGAGUGCAGCCAUAAGUUCCUUAUUCUUAUCCAUGUCACAGACAGAGAUCAGAUGACAAAAUGUGUUCUGUUGAAAUAAAGCCAUUUUAAUCCCUCAUUUUAGACUCUUAGGGACCCAGCAAGCAGAAAGAGCUUUUGUUCAGCUUUGGAUUCUAAUGUUUGGGGGCCCUAACAUUUGACUAUAAUUUAAAUUCUUUGUUACCUUGCCUCUCUUGAGUUUUUCAUUCAUUCAUUUACCUUUUCUUCCUUUUUUUGUUUUUUUCUUCAUUGUGUCUCAUCCUCUGAGAGGUAUCAGAGUUUCUCAGUUUACUAGUUUGCUAAUUGUUACAUAUUUUAAAAGGAUCCUUCUUUCUGGUCUCUUGUCUUUUCUGUGGUUUACCUGGUCAUUUUUUUAGAGUACUUCAUCCCCCAGGAAUACAGUGAGAAUCAGUUUUUCUUGGAUGAAAUAAGCUGUAAGAGGGUAUAAGAAUGAUUCU